AUUCACCGUACUAAGUACAUCUGAGGCAAGUAUUCCGUAGCGCUACUCCAUGCUUGGCUCGUACCCCUCCAGUCAUGAUGGCCGUGAUUUCUCGGUGAGGGUACAAAUAUUUGUUGAUUGGGGAGGCAAGAGUAAAGUACCCCCUGAACGUUCGCUGUACCUUACUUAGCUGUACUGCACUGCGCUGUGCCAACUGAACUGGGCUGGGCUGGGCUCUCCCGUCUUUUAUUAUUAUCAUCGUCACCACACCAAAUUUCUUCCUCUCUCCCUCUUCUUCUCUUCUCUUCUCUUCCUUCUCAUCUCUCAACCCUCUUCUUACCAACGACCAAAAACAGAUUUUAGUACCCAUCCCGCCCCCUUACGCUUCGACCUUUGCGAGCUCCCUCCAUCGAACGUCGUCAAUAAAUAAUACCAGGAAGAGUGCGCACGUUCCUCUGCGUCUCUGACCACAUCAUCCUACUGGGUUAUUAUCGUACGGUGCAACAUUCGUACAACAAAAUCCAUAUACUCCUGUAAGUCAACAUGCUGCUGCUACUGUUGCUGCUGCUGCACAUGAAUGGAGACGACUGUCGGCUGUGGCUUGGGCCUUUGGGUUUUGGUCUACCGGCCACUCCAAAAAAGUGAUGGCGAUAGCGAUAGCGAUAUGGAGGUGUGGCAUAUACCCGUCUUUGCAGAUGCGCUUCUGGCUUUUGGGUUGCAGUAGCAGUUCAGAAACACUGGGUUUCCCCUACGAUCCAUUGACAGUACGAGACAAGGUCUCGGGUUUGGACUCGGUUCUUCUGGCCCGAUUAGCGAUUAUCUGACGAUUCUGUACUCGGCCCAUCUAUUGAGUUCAUGGGUCGUCUUUUGUCCUUUUCGCCAACCAAGCCAGCCAGACUGUGUCGCACCGACUGCUCUGCCCACCGAGAAAUGCCACGCCCCAGUACUAUCGCCUUUCCCACCACGUCACUUAACGUCAGAUCAGAUCCAUGUUAGCCCCAUGUACUUUUUGCCUACAGCUCACGCAUGCAUCCCUGUUGGCCUGCAUAGCAAGUGCCCGCAGAACGACCUGAUCUUUCUUCUCUGCUACUUGUUGGCUGCUGAUAUCAGUUGAUUGAGAGAGACAUAUAUUUCCCGUCUUCUCCAACUGUUCUGGGCUGAAUUCCUCACGUCUUCAUUCUUUUCGCACCAGAGCUACCCCGCCAAGCUCAUCCCACCCACUACUCAACAUUUGCUAAUCGCUUCUUUCACAAUGGCUCAGAAACCCUCACACAAGCAUUCCAAAAGCGUCAUGGCUGCUACCGCUCAGGACCACCUCGAGUUCGGAGGCAAGAUCUCAUGGCUUGCCUCCCUCGACACCGCUUUCCGACCUCAGCGCAACUACCGCCGCUCCUCCAUCAUCUGCACCAUUGGCCCCAAGACCAACUCUGUUGAGGCCAUCAACAAGCUCCGAGAUUCCGGUCUUAACGUUGUCCGCAUGAACUUCUCUCACGGAUCAUACGAGUACCACAAGUCUGUCAUUGACAACGCUCGUGAGUCCGAGGCUACCCACGCUGGUCGCAAUGUUGCCAUUGCUCUUGAUACCAAGGGCCCCGAGAUCCGAACGGGUAACACUCCCAACGAUGAGGAUAUUCCCAUCAGUGCUGGCCACGAGAUGAACAUCACCACCGACGAUUCUUAUGCCACCGCCUGUGACGACAAGAACAUGUACGUCGACUACAAGAACAUUACCAAUGUCAUUGAGCCCGGCCGUGUCAUCUACGUCGACGACGGUGUUCUCGCUUUCGACGUCCUCGAGAUCAAGGACGAGAAGACCAUCCGAGUCAAGGCCCGCAACAACGGUGCUAUCUGCUCCAAGAAGGGUGUCAACCUGCCCAACACUGAUGUCGAUCUUCCCGCUCUUUCCGAGAAGGACAAGGCCGAUCUCAAGUUCGGUGUUGAGAACAACGUCGACAUGGUUUUCGCCUCUUUCAUCCGCCGCGCUCAGGAUAUCUAUGACAUCCGUGAGGUUCUCGGCGAGAAGGGCAAGCACAUCCAGAUCAUCUCCAAGAUCGAGAACCGACAGGGUCUCAACAACUUCAAGGAGAUCCUCGAGGCCACCGAUGGUGUCAUGGUUGCCCGUGGUGAUCUCGGUAUCGAGAUUCCCGCUGCUGAGGUGUUUGCUGCCCAGAAGAAGCUCAUUGCCAUGUGCAACCUCGCUGGCAAGCCCGUCAUCUGCGCUACUCAGAUGCUCGAGUCCAUGAUCAAGAACCCCCGCCCCACCCGUGCUGAGAUCAGCGAUGUCGGUAACGCUAUCACUGAUGGUGCCGACUGUGUCAUGCUUUCUGGUGAGACAGCCAAGGGUAGCUACCCCUCUGAGGCUGUCAAGGAAAUGCACGAGACCUGCCUCAAGGCCGAGAACACCAUCCCCUACGUUUCUCACUUCGAGGAGAUGUGCACUCUCGUCAAGCGACCCGUCUCCACUGUCGAGUCUUGCGCUAUGGCUGCUGUCCGCGCUUCCCUCGAUCUCGGUGCUGGCGGUAUCAUUGUCCUCUCCACCUCCGGAGAGUCGGCCCGCAUGCUUUCCAAGUACCGACCCGUGUGCCCCAUCUUCAUGGUCACUCGAAGCCCCACCACAUCUCGAUUCGCCCAUCUGUACCGUGGCGUGUACCCCUUCCUGUUCCCCGAGACCAAGCCCGACUUCACCCAGGUUAACUGGCAGGAGGAUGUCGAUCGCCGAAUCAAGUGGGCCGUCAACAACGCUCUUCAGCUCAACGUCCUCACCCCCGGUGACACCGUUGUCGUUGUCCAGGGCUGGAAGGGCGGCAUGGGUAACACCAACACCCUCCGAAUCGUCAAGGCUGACCCCGAGCACCUCGGCAUUGGCCAGCUUCAGUAAAGCAUAAAAGUCUCUUAAAGAUGAACCUGGAGUGAUGGGGAUUUGUUUAAUGCGAAAUUAGUAAUGAUAGACAGGGCAAUGGUUGUUUCCAAGGUUAGGGUACUGGUUUACGAGUUCUGAGUCACGUAAAGGAAUAAACAGGGCAAGUCCCUAUACAUCAUAUCAUCUGUCUCUGUGAAUUGCGUCUCCAAGAGAGUAAGUCGUAGACCUGAUAUGACCAAACACUACGGGUACCAGGCCGACAUCCCGCCGUGUACUGUCCAGUACAUCUCUCGCAUCAACACAUGCGUCCCUAGCGACCCGCCUAUCCGAAGUCUCGCAGCCCGCACAUGCAGCCAAGGAUUAAAGGGCUGAGCUAUGGAAAGACCCCGAGCUAGGGUCCGGAUCUAUCGAUUCAAGGGUACAUUACUUAACUAAUCCCUGACGAUACGAUAUAUGAUGAGAUGGGCCUCGAGGAGCAGGAAAACAUCAGACCCUGAUAUAGAUAGGGUGUCAAAGUAAACUCAGCAACAGGUAUCCUAAAUUUAGCAGAGUUAUCCUAAACUUGUGCUAAGUUAGCCUGAGUCUUUACCAUUUAGGAUCAAGGUCCUGGGUUCUCUUUCCUCUCCUAUGGGUCUAUCUUUUCUGUGGUCCGUGUACAAAGGCGUGGCCUGACUUUAUCAAGGGUCGAUGACAACCGAUUCUGGCAUGAUUGUGAUACUUGGGGGAUAUUGUCGGUCCUUCAAGAUGAGCUUUGGAUAAGGUGCUGAGGUGAGAAGGGUACUCAGAGAUGGCAUAGAGCCUAAAGAACUUUCCCAUGGGACUUGAGUCAUUGGAUAAAUCUAAUAUAAACUGAGGUAGAUUGUAACUCUUUAUUCAUUACAUCAUAGUAAAUAAUGUUACUGUAGGUCUAGUGGAUUAAGGCGCCGGUGUUUAUACGCAGGGGCUGUCAUGGUGAGAUGACACUGGCUGUGCUUUUCGGCAGAGUUCUUGUGACAAAGUUAGACCAUUGAGACGACUCAAGUUAUCCAUGUUCAGUCGCUGAAGUGGCUAUU